UCGGCCAAUCAGUACCUUCGACAGAUGCAGCUGGCCGAGUGAGGACAUUUCCUGGAAAAGUCGACAAGUUGACGUUAAAUCGGACAGACUUCUGUAUCGAAUGACUCAGCAGCAGACAGCACACGUCUAAACGUUUGUCUUCCAAUGUCUGUCGGAAUGAAGCCGCUGAAUUUGCAAACAAACAUGGCACCCAGGGAGCCCCGGUUGGCCACAAGUGGGACAAGUUUGACCUCCAACUACGUUCCACCGAGUCUGGAGAACAAGCUUCUUACGCAGACUUCCCUCUUGAGUUUUACACCCAAGACGUCCUCGUGCAUCUCCUUGCGUCCUUCCAGCCUGACCUCCACCUCGUCCAACCUCCUCUUGUCAUCCCCACUCUCUUUGCCCCUCAUCAGCACCCAGAACAAGUUCCUCAACUCAUCCCAUGUGACGCAGGCUAACCCUCUGCUCGCCACCUCUAUGGCCCAAAGUGCUCUCCUCUCUCGCUUUUCCCAGCCGCCUUCUUUCGUCCCUUUGGGGGAAGGACUACAGAGGAAAGAUGAUGACGCCGGAGAUGAAACAUCUGAAGCUGAGCAGUCCUCUGUUGAAGAAACGAGCCUGUAUUAUUCUGAUGAAGAUGACCAAAUGCUUGAAGAGGAAAGUGAGGAGGAUGCAUCCUUAGCUAUGGAGGCGGAUAUCCCAGAACUGGACCACAAUGGCAACCAGGAGGAGAAACCUGUGGUCAGACAUGAGGAAUUUGCUGAGGUGGUCCGAGCGAAGCGGCAGAUUGAGGAGGAGAUCCAGAAUAAAAAGUAUCGCCUGCUGAAUGCAGUGUGUUGCUCCCUGGUCAAUAAGUGCGACCCCCCGGGUCAGAAGGACUGGGACUCUCAGGAGGGCUUGUGGACCAGAAUCAUAAACAUGGUCAAGGAUAUUUCUGUGUCUGACCCCCAGUUUGUUCUUAAGGUGGCGCUCUAUGCAAGACAGGAGUUAAACAUCCGCAUCACAGCCAACUUCCUGUUGGCUCUGGCUGCCAACCAGCCCACCUCCAAGUGUCACGUCCGCAGAUACUUCUGUGCCAUCAUCCAGCUGCCGUCUGAUUGGUUGGAAGUGAUUCGGAUCUACAAGACGUGCUUCAGCCGCUCGCUGCCCAUGUGUCUGAAGAAGGCCAUGGCUGACAAGUUCAAACAGUUCAGCGAGUAUCAGCUGGCCAAGUACAACACGCGCAAACACCGCUGCAAGCACAACCGCAAUAGAUCCAAAAAAAUGAAACCAACUGAGAAGGAGCUGAAAACAUGGGCCAACCUCCUCCGGUCUGAUGCAUCUGCUUUAGAGAAAUAUCUAAAGCUGGAUGAGAAGUUGGUGGUGGACAAGAAGCAAAGUGAGUUCAACAUGAAAAAGAUGAUCAAGCUGUUUCACAUUAAAGAGCCAGCUCAGCACGUAAUGGCCGUGCUGGGACGGAAGUAUCCUUCAGACCUGAAGACGUUCAACCGCAGUGGGUUGACGGGUGCUUGGGAGCGUGAGAAGGCGGGACAAAGGAUGAAGCUCAAGGAGGCCGAGACAUGGGAGCGUCUGCUCAGUCUGCAGGGCAACAAUGCCACUACGUGGGAGAAACUCAUUGACAACAAGUCUCUUCCCUUCAUGGCCAUGCUGAGGAACCUGAGGAACAUGAUUAGUAAAGGUAUCAGUCAGACACAUCACCAGAAGGUCCUUAGCAGGCUUACCAAUAAGAAAACGGUCCUUCAGAGCCGACAGUUUCCUUUCAGGUUCCUGUCUGCCUACAAAGUCAUCAUGGAGCUUCGUCAAAUGGCGUCACCAAAACAAUUCUCCAUCAAAAAAAACGAAAUCUUGAAGGAGAUCCUCAAGAAGCUCCCCAAGAGCCAACGCUUCCGUCGCCUGGACUGGGAAACGGCCAACGGGAAGCGGCUGAGGGUGACGCUUGGAGUGCCGUUUAUCUACCGUUUAUACCGCAUGAAGAAGGAUCAGCUCCUCAAGGCAAAUCAGAAGCAGUACACUGUUGACUUGUUGGACCGUUAUCGGGAAGCUCUGGAGGAGGCGAUGCAGAUUUCUUGCCGCUACAACAUCCCCCCCCUGCCAGGACGCACGGUCAUUUUGCUCAACGCCAACAUUAAUGACAAUUAUUCCUGGAGCCAAAAACUGGACUUCUGCCUUCCUCCUAACUCGAACAAAGACAACGACGAGGAAGAGCAGGACCAAGAGGAUGACGAGGACGACGAGGAAGAGCAGGACCAAGAGGAUGACGAGGACGAUGAGGAGCAGGACCAAGAGGACGACGAGGAAGAGCAGGACCAAGAGGAUGACGAGGACGAUGAGGAGCAGGACCAAGAGGACGACGAGGAGCAGGACAAAGAGGACGACGAGCAGGACCAAGAACACGAGGAGCAAGACAAAGGGGAAGACCAAGGGGAUGACGAGGAGCAGGAGAAAGAUGAAGGCGAAAGGAAGAAGAAGACAAAAGCUAAAGAGGACAAGCUCUCCCCUUCGAUGAUGGAGGUGGCCGCCUUGCUCGCUCUGAUGACGGCCAGCAGCUGCGAAGACGUGCACAUUUUCUUGCUGGACUGGAAUCACUGCGACCACAUCCAGCUGAAGUCUGAUGUGCUGUUAGAAAAUGUCAGGAGUGUGAUGCAGCAAAUCAAGACGUUCGGAGACGAGACAGACAAGAAGCCUGAAUUCACCCAUUACUUCCCCAAGUUCCUCAAGAAAAACAAGGUGGACACCAUCAUUUCUCUGACUGAGAGUUGGAACAACAGUGAGGUGGAGUGGGCUAUAAACAGCCACAGGAAGGAAACCAGCAACAAUGUUCUCUUUAUUGAGAUCACCAUGUUAGGACGGGACAAACAGUGCAUCACAUCCAACAGGAACCAUGUGAAGCUGGCAGGCUUCAGUGAACAAAUGCUGAGGUUUGUGACUGAGCGAGGGUCAUCAAGGCUGCUAGACCGCGUGGAGCACUUGGACAAAGUGUAUGACAUCCCACCACCACAGGGAGCUAAAGACCCUGAACCUACAUGCAGCGUCAUGUCACUUCCUACUAUGCCUAAGCUGAAGUGGCGAGGCGUGCGGGUUUUCAUCUCCUCCACCUUCCGAGACAUGCACGCCGAGCGCGACAUCUUGGUACGUAGCGUUUUCCCGGAGCUCCGGCGCCGUGCUGCGGCACACCGCCUCCAUCUGCAGGAGGUGGAACUGCGUUGGGGUGUGACGGAGGAGGAAACGUCCCGGGCCACCGAGCUGUGCCUGGCGGAGGUGUGUCGCAGCCAGAUGCUAGUAGGGAUUCUUGGCGAGAGGUAUGGCGUUGUACUGCCCAGACCUGUUCUACCUGAUCUUCCUCAGUACAGAUGGCUGGCAGAAGCCCCUGAUGGUCUUUCAGUCACAGAGAUGGAGAUGCGUCAGUUUCAGGCCCUUAACAGCGAGACCGCAAAAAAGCAAAUGUUUUGCUACUUCAGGGAUCCAAAUGCCACAAAAUCGGUGCCUGUGGCUUGGAAGUCUCACUUUUCCCCCGAGUCAAAGGAAGCUGAGUCCAAAUUGGCGUCUUUGAAGCAAUGGCUCCAGGAUGCGGAGGUGAAGGUCACCAAGAAUUACCAGUGUGAGUGGGGUGGCAUUGUAGAAGGGAAGCCGUAUUUAAAGAACCUGGAGGAUUUUGCCAAAGCAGUACUGGAGGACCUUUGGGCGGCUCUUGUGAAACAGUUUGUUGAGGAGGACGAAGAACUCGAUGUAGCGUCUGAGGUGUACGAGCAGGAGGUCCAUCAGGGGGCGCUGCAGAGGCAGUUUCUCAGCAGGACCAAGCUGCUGUCGGCCGCUGUGGAGAUGGUGGAGCAGGUCACAGUAAAAGGCGGGCUGAUGGUGGUGGAGGGAAUGCCUGGACAGGGAAAAACAGUUUUCAUGGCUGCUCUAGCAAAGAGCCUCAGAACUGGAGCUACAUCCAAGAAAAAGAUCACGUGUGAUGUCAUCUCAUACUCUACAUCUGCCAGUUCCUCACAUCGCUCCGUGGACAACCUCCUGAGGUGUCUCGUCCGCUGGUUGAGGACGCCAAAAGAGGAGGAAUCAACCUUGCCUCUUUCUUACAAGGAUUUAGUGUUGGAAUUUCACACCACCCUGAAGGACAUGAAGAGGAGCAAACCUCUCGUGUUGCUUGUGGACGGUGUGGAUCAGCUCAGCUCUGAUUGGAUACCACAGCACCUUCCACACGGUGUUUGUUUGGUCCUGAGUGCCACGUCCAACUCAGCUCUGUUACAAGUUGUAGCAAAGAAGACAUCCACUUUACUCUUCAGCUUGACCUCGCUCACCAUGACGGAGCGAAGGGAAAUCAUCCAGAGAGGACUUGAGGCCUUCGGGAAGAAACUAAGUGACUCUGCCUUCAACAACCAGCUGCAGACGUUGAUAAUGAAGAAAGGUGCAGAAAGUCCUCUCUAUCUGUACAUGGCCUGUGAAGACUUGAGAAACUUUUCCUCUUUUGACAAGCUAAAGGAGAGCCUGCAGAAUUUGCCUCAGUCUCUAAACCAAUUGAUCCAGUACAGCCUGGAGAGACUCUGCUCACACUACAGAGACCUGCUAGGACUUCGCUGGGCUCUGGCAGCGCUUACAGUCAGUGGCAUGGGCCUGAGGGAGCGAGACUUCUACUUGCUACUGAGCACGUGCAAUGACCUAUGCUUGCUCAAAGAACAGUGCACAUGGCAGGAAGUUCUGCGUCUGUGCAGGAUGCCCAAAGGACGCAUUCCCAUGGCCACCUUUACCCGCAUUGUGCAGAGCUUGCGAAGCCUGAUGAGUCCGUCUAACUGCCGCAACACUGAAGACCUGCUGUCUUCGUCCAACCUGCUCGUGAAGCAAGCCUUCAAAGACUUCCUCCUGCCAACAGAAGACGACACAAGAAGAGCUCAUCUCGUGUUGGCAGGUCACCUUUGGGUGCUGGCCGACGCUCAGGGCACUGACACCUUUCUUCACUGUGAGGCCGACGCGAUUCAGCACUUGUCUGCUAGUCUGAUACAAAGUGGCAAGCAGGAGGCGCUCCAAUCACUCCUCUCCAACUAUUAUUUCCUAUACGCUAAUGUACGCCACAACCUGCUGCACCACCUAUUGGACAUUUACAACAUGCUUGGUGACUUGCCGGACGCUUUGAAGGACUGUCAAGAUUUCCUGCAGCGCCACGCGACCGUGCUUGCCUCCUGGCCGGCGCUCUUCAUCCAGCAGGCCCUCAACGAGCCCUCAAAUGCCUCCGCCCAUGCCUGGGCCCGAGCCCUCAUGGGCAGUGGGACCGUGCGAGCAGUGGAGUGGCUCAACAACCACCAUUCAUUUAAGGAGAGCAGUCAGCUGAUGUCCACCUUCACGUCGAAGCCCACCUGCUUGGCGAUGAGCUCCGAUGGGGAGAUAGUGGUUGGUACUGGACAGGGAACUCUGCAUUUCAUCAACACAAACACAGGACAGGAAGUGAAGUCAUUAGUUAGCAGCUGCGACGGAAUCUCCACCUGCGUCCUCCUGAAGGACCGGCGUCUUGCUACAACCUCUUUCGAUGGCCAAAUCGAGAUCUGGGACUCUGAGAGUGGAUUCCGGACGGCACUUAUAAAGGGCCACACUAAUGUGAUCACAGCCAGUGACAUAACCUCUGAUAAAAAGCACCUCGCCACGGCAUCCCUGGACUUUACGCUGAAGGUGUGGUCUUCAACAAAGGGCCACGAGGUGGCAGCUCUUCCCAGCAGCAGCCCUUUAAAUUGUGUGACCUUUGACCCAGAGGACCGCUUGCUUGCUGCCGGCCGUUGGGACGGGAAAGUCGUCGUAUGGAACUGGCUUCAGGAUGCAACCCAAACGUUGCUGAGUGGCCACCGACACUCUGUGCGCAGCCUCUCCUUUACGCCGUCCUAUGGCAUGCUGUGCUCCGGUUCAGUGUCUGGCGAGGUGCGCGUGUGGUCAGUGGACCCCUUCUGCUGUGUGGGAUGCUUCCAGGCUCAUGCCGGCACCGUGGAUGCCCUCACCUUUCUGGAUGAGGGCCAUUUUCUGCUGACUGCCGGCUCUGAUUACAAGCUGCAGCUGUGGUCUGGUGGACUUGGACGCUCAGUGGCGGUUUUAAAUAAGGAUGAAUGUGAGCAGGAGCCUCCUUACAAGAAAGUCAAGUGCGGCACCUCCUCGGUGCCUGGCGCUCUGUGCUCGGCAGUCAAAGGGGACUACGUCGCAGUGGGCUACCAUAACGGCGGAUUUAAACUCUUUUGCAUCAGCUCAGGUGAGAGGAUCUGGGCCAACGAUCUUGUGCACUUGUCCGUCCCGUCUCUGCUGUGGUUGGACCCCGAGCUGCUGCUGUCUACCGGCUAUGACAAGCGUUUGCGAUUGUGGAAAAAAACAUUUGGGAAGGAUGGGGAGCUGACCAGCAUGGAGAUGACAGGAAUGUUUGCCGCGCAAAUGGGCAUCGUCCGGGCUGUAGCGCAAAGCUCCACUUACGUGGCGACUGCUUCGGAUGACUGCACGAUUUUCCUGUGGCUGCUGAGCGAGCUAACAGACAACCCCGAUUCUGAUAUAAACCCGGCUGCCAUACUCAAGGGCCACAGCAGGGGUGUCACCUGUUUGGCCUUCAGCCCUGAUGGUGGACGGCUGCUCUCUGGUGGAAAAGACAAAGGUCUGGUCGUGUCGGACAUGACCUCGGAUCCUCCUGUUGUUUCCAAAGUGCUCCCCGCCUUCCAUCGAGACUGGAUCACUGGCUGUGCUUGGACUCCAGACUGUGUGAUAAGCUCUUCCGCUGAUUGCAGACUUUGUUUAUGGGAUGUUGAAAGGGGUAUUCGUCUUCAAGAAAUCACUUGGAAGAGUCCGUUUACUUCUGUCUGCUGUCAGGGGCCGUAUGUGGCGGCCGGCUGCGCAGACGGCAGCCUGCACGUAUGGAAGUGGGAGACAAGCGUGGAAGUCUGUCACAUUCCGGCCCACAAUGGACGCAUUCACAGCUGCUCUGUCGUGACUAAUACAGACAAAAACAAAGAAAUGGAUGCAGAAGACCUCACCAUUCUUACUACAUCCCAGGAUGGAACUGCAAAUUUCUGGAAACCGUUACAGAUGGAACACAUCAGCACCUUCCAGGGCCACAGCGGCGCAGUUUGCAGCAUCGUUAGGGAGGAGAGCGCACCACAAUUCCUCACCGUUUCUGAAGAUCGCUCCUUGCGAAGCUGGACGUGGGAAACCGAGCAUCAGCCCAGCUUACGAGGCACGGUCACCGCUCUGUGCUUCUCCCAGUCGGACCACGUGCUGCUUGUCGGCUAUGAGUCGGGCCUGCUGGAGUUGUGGCAGGACGUGCAAGUGGUCGGACACAAGCAGGCUUCAGACUCGGGCGUGACAGCCAUCUGCUCCAUGCCUAAUAGCUGCUUCGCUGUUGGCUACAUUGGCUCAUGUGUGGACGUGUGGAAGGUGCUGUGGAAUCAAAAGCACAGCGCUGGCAGUCUGGUCAAGAUGUCCUCCUACACGGUGACCGAGCAAGUAGUUCGCCUAGGGUACUGCUCCGUUAUCAUGGCCCUGUCCAGCACCGGCUUGCUAUUUGAUGUCACCUGUGAUGAAGAUUCAAAGUGGCAAAAGACAAUCCACGACUGGGACCAGAGCGUGGGAGUUCUGGGAAUAAUCCAAAAUGACGAAAAAAGCAUGUGGCUGGUAGGCGAGGCAAACGGAGAGAUCAACAUCGGCUUCAUCUUCGCCAUGGGCCCAGAAAAUGACAUAAGUUCAUGUUUCAGCAACAUGUCCCUGAAGAACAACAAGGAGGCUGAGAAGGAGGAAGGAGGCUUGAUAACAGCCGUCACUAUGGAAAAUGAAUUUGUGGUGUGUGGAGACGUCCAGGGGAACAUGUGGUUCAACCAGCCACCGGAAGUGUCGUCAUGGAGCAGCAGGAAGCCUGCCCACCAUGACAAGAUCAGCGUGCUGAGACUCGCCAGCAACGUUAUCAUCUCCGCCUCCAUGGACAGAACGGUGAAGCUGUGGGACAGGAGCACUAAGAAACAAGUGGGAAUGUUUGUGUGUGGCGGUCCGGUGCUCAUGCUGGAGGUGAACCCAGAGAAGCCCUCAGAGCUGGUCUGCGGCGACGGACUGGGGAAGCUUUACUUCCUCUCCUGGAGGCAAUAAUCUUCAACAAAUGCUCAUUACUGUAAUCAAAGCUUAAUGCUAACAUCCCCAAAGACGAUUAAUGUGUAAUAUUAAUCAAAUACAUGUGUUAUGCUCAGUGUAACGGGAGCUCCAUGCUGUUGAGCUUACAUGUGCCUUUAGUUUACAAAGCAAAUAUAUGCACUUUUUAUCAGUUUGCUCUUUUUUGUGGGCUGAAUUUUUUUUUACUGUACUUGAUUAAAAAUCACUAAGAUGCGGGUUAUAUAAUAACUUUUUUCUGUUCACUAUUAAGCUUUUCUUGGAUAAUAAAUUUAUGUUUAAACUGGCAAUUGGUCAACGCUUCAAUUUAUGGGUGCAAAUUACAAUAAGUC